AAAUCUGCUGCCGGCACACAAAUACUUCUCGCCUAUGAACUGCUCCAAGGAGGCCUCGACCUCCCGACCAAUCCCCGGCUUCCUGGUGGACGCGGCACGCCUCUUCUCGCUGGAGCACAACCAAACGAGCAAUGGCGGCAGUAGCUCCGCCUACCACUUCAACACGCACAUGUUCCCCAUGAUAGACUUGUGCACAGUCGAAUUGCCCGAGACGGAAAUCGCCGAGGCUGUGCUCUAUCAUAAUGCCAAGUUCGCGCUGGAAAGGCAGCUGUUGACUGUCGUGAGGAAUAACAGCAUUACGUCAGCUGACGUCAUGGACGACAACAGGCAUAGGAUCAGGCAUCAGAAUCAUCAUAG